AGAGGAGGGGACCACUGCCUCUAAAAUGAGUCUUUCUGGGGAGAGAGAGGAGGGGACCACUGCCUCUAAAAUGAGUCUUUCUGGGCGGAGAGAGGAGGGGACCACUGCCUCUAAAAUGAGUCUUUCUGGGAAGAGAGAGGAGACCACUGCCUCGAAAAUGAGCCUCUCUGGGGAGAGAGAGGAGGAGACCACUGCCUCCAAAAUGACUCAAGACACCAGUUCUAAGAGUGUUCAGAAGCCCAGAGCAGAGUCCCCUACAACCAGCCUGCUAUCAAUGAAGAGUGAUCAGCCACCUGCUUUCAGCCAGGAACCAUUACCAGAUGACAAUAAGGAAGUGGAGAGUUUGGACAGUGAGGAUGCAUUAAAGAUCACACACAACCUUCUGGACAGAAGAAGUCAAACUCUGCUGACAGUCCAACAAGACAUUAAGGCUAAACUGAAACACAAGUAUCAACACAUAUCUGAAGGAAUUGGACACCAUGGAAACCAAAGUCUGUUCAAGGACAUCUACACAGAGCUCUACAUCACAGAGGGUGGAAGUGGAGGGCUCAAUAAUGAACAUGAGGUUAGACAGAUAGAGAUGGCAUCCAAGAAACAAACCACACAAGAGACACCAAUCAAAUGCAACGACAUCUUCAAGCCUUUACCUGGACAAGACAAACCUAUCAGAACUGUGCUGACAAAAGGAAUCGCUGGCAUUGGAAAAACAGUCUCUGUGCAGAAGGUCCUCCUUGACUGGGCAGAGGGAAAAGCAAAUCAGGACAUUCAUUUCAUGUUUCCUCUUCCUUUCCGUGAUCUGAACCUGAAAAAGGACCAAUACAGUCUGAUGCAACUUCUUUCCCACUACUUCCCAGAGCUGAAAGAGAUUGACAGCAUUGAAGAUGGUGAAACCAAAACUGUUUUCAUUUUUGAUGGUCUGGAUGAGUGUCGACUUCCUCUAGACUUCAAAAACAAUGAGAAGUGCUGUGAUGUCACGAAGCCAACCUCAGUGGACGUGCUCCUGACAAACCUCAUUGAGGGGAAUCUGCUUCCCUCUGCUCUCGUCUGGAUAACCUCACGGCCUGCAGCAGCCAAUCAGAUCCCUCCUGAGUGUGUUGACCAGGUGACAGAGGUACGAGGGUUCAAUGAUCCACAGAAGGAUGAGUACUUCAGGAAGAAAAUCACAGAUCAGAAUCUGGCCAAUGAAAUCAUCAAACACAUGAAGACAUCAAGGAGCCUCCACAUCAUGUGCCACAUGCCAGUCUUCUGUUGGAUAUCAGCCACUGUCCUUGAGAUGAUACUGAAAGAGGCAGAGAAGGAUGAAGUCCCUAAAACUCUGACCCAGAUGUACUCACACUUCAUGUUCAUCCAAACCAUUGUGAAGAACAAGAAGUACAACAAAGCCACAGAGACAAACCCAAAGGAACUGUCUCAGUCAGACAAAGAGAUGAUCCUGAAACUGGCAAAGCUGGCUUUCCAACAGCUGCAGAAGGGCAACCUGAUCUUCUAUGAGGAGGACCUGAGAGAGUGUGGCCUUGACGUCACAGAGGCAUCAGAGUACUCAGCAUUGUGUACAGAGAUCUUUAAAGAAGAAUCUGGGCUGUACCAAGAGAAGGUCUACAGCUUUGUGCAUCUGAGCAUUCAGGAGUUUCUAGCAGCAGUGAAUGCUUUAGAAUCAUGUCUGGACAAGAAGGAAAAUGUUUUCUCCCCCACUAGUGAUGAUGAAGAGAAGGAGUCAAUCCAGUUGUCUGACUUACACAGGAGAGCAGUGGAGCAGGCCUUGAAGAGUGAGAAUGGACACCUGGACCUGUUCCUCCGCUUCCUUCUGGGUCUCUCACUGGAGUCCAAUCAGAAUCUGUUACGAGGCCUUCUGACACAGACAGAAAGUACCACACAGACCAAUGAGGAAACAGUUGAGAGAACAGUUGAGUACCUUUCAGACAAGAUCGAAAGGGAAUCCUCACCAGAAAGGAUCAUCAACUUGUUCCACUGUCUGAAUGAACUUGGUGCAAACUCUCUAGUUGAAGACAUGCAGACCUCCCCUGCGAUCAGGAACUCUUUCAGAAACAAGACUAAAACCUGA